AUGUCUUGGUCCCCGCCUGCGCACGUCCUCGACGACGACCCUACAAUAUCUCCACCUCCUCCUCCGCCGCCGCCAUCCUCGGCGCUCGCGCCGGCGCUCAGCUCCGGGCUCGCCGAGGUCUGGGCAAACGGGUCCUUUUCCGACUGCCGCCUCGUGCCUCGGUCGGGAGAGGAGUUUGCCGCCCACCGGCUGGUCCUGUCGGCGCGGUCGGAGCACUUCCGCGAGCUGCUCGCGCCCACCGCCUCCGCCGUCACCGCCGCAGCGAUCCGCCUCUCUGUCGACGCCGAGAGGCCGCUGGUCGAGGCGGCGCUGCGGCACGUCUACCUGGAGGCUCCGCCGCCGGACGGGCUGUCGCACGAGGAGCUGCUCGCGCUGCGGGGUCUCUUGAUCAUGAAUGGAGGUUGCGACGGCGUGUCACCGGCGCUGCUACACGCGUCUGCCGACCCGGGCGCUGCGCCGCUCGUCGAGCUCCUCUUGUCGCGCGGCGUGGAGCCUCUCCGCGCGAGCAAGGCGCUGCUCGCCGCCGGGGCGUCACCAAACACCGCAGACUUCACCUCGGGGCAGAUAGCGAUAGCCGAGAGGCAGACGCCGCUGCAUCGGCUGAGCGACCAUGGCGGCGGCGCUGCGGCGGCGGAGACGCUGGCGGCGCUGCUCGACGCUGGGGCGCACAUCAACGACGGGCGUGGCCACACGCCGCUGCACCUCGCGGCGUGGCGAGGCCACUUCGGCCUCGCGCGCUCGCUCGUCGCCGCGGGCGCCUCUCCGAACGUCGCGUCCACGCCGCCCGGCGUGCGCGCCUUCGCCGCGCCCGUCCCCGACCCGUCCUCGACCCGCGCCAACCCGUUCGACGCAAACGCGGGUCCGAACCCCUUCGCCGCGGACGCGGCCUCGCCGGUGACGGAGGCGCUGGCCGAGCGAGCCGUCGUGGUCACGCCGCCUCGCGCCCAAGGCCUCGCCGCGGCGUGGAGCUCGCCUGACCCGGACACGCCUCUCAUCAACCCGUUCGAUGACGACUUUGGCCCGCCGCCGGGGGGUGUCGCGGAGCCGGAGGGCGGCACCAACGGGAACGGGAACCCUUUUGGGUAA